AUGUCUAUAGGAAAAUAUGCAGCAAAGUUUGACGAGUUAUCAAAAUUUUGUCCUUACUUUCAUGAUAGAGUUGAUGAACGUUUCCGUUGUUCCAAGUUUGAAAGUGGACUGAAACCUGAUAUUAAACAAGCAGUUGGUUCUUUAGAGAUUUCUUCCUUUCCUACUCUUGUAAACCGUUGUAGGAUUUAUGAGGAUGAUACUAAGGCAAGGCAAACUCAAUGGAGGCAAGGAGGGCCUUUGAGGCACAAAAUAAAUGAUUUUAAUAAUAAGAAACCCUGCCAACGUCCAUCUAAUGCUUCAUGGAACUUUUCAGGACAAAAACAUUCCUCUCCUACCAAGAAUUCAGGCAUAACCAACCCUAUUAAAUGUUUCCACUGUGGAGGACCUCAUCUGUCAAGAAAUUGCACCACAAGAACUAUAACUUGCUUCAAUUGUGGGAAGUUGGGUCUUUAUUGUAAUGAAUGCAAAGAGUUAAUUAAGGAGCAAGGAAGUGGGGGAAGCAACAACGGAGGAAAGAAUCAACUUGGAAGACUAAAGACAACCGGAAGAGUCUUUACGAUGAAUGAUACUGAAGUUGUUCAAUCUGAAGAUCUAAUCCAAGGUAAAGGCAUCAUAAAUGGGCAUCUCGUUAAUGUACUAUAUGAUUCAGGUGAAGUUUUUUACUCCAAAGAAUUAAAAGAGAGUACUACCAAUCACGAUGAAAUCUCAAAAGGAUCUCAAGUAUACAUGAUCUUAACUUCUUUAAAAGUCAAGGAAAUUUCAGACAUUAAUAAGUUUUCUGUUGUUUGUGAGCAUCUUGAUGUUUUCCCUGAGGAUGUUCCUGGGUUACCUCCACAAAGAGAAAUAGAAUUCACUAUAGACUUAGUAUCAGGAUCAAGACCUGUGUCUAUAGCCCCUUACAGGAUGUCACCUCUAGAGUUUGCAGAGUUGAAAAAACAAAUAGAAGAAUUGUUGGAUAAACAAUUCAUCAGACCUAGUGUUUCUCCCUAG